AUGACUGUAUCCGACAAGACCGAACAUUCCAAAGUCAGCAUCUCAAUUGACCGAGGCGGAACAUUUACCGAUGUUCACGCCUCGGUUCCUGGAAAACCUGACAUAAUCUUGAAGCUCCUAUCCGUGGACCCCGCAAAUUAUCAAGAUGCACCUACUGAAGGGAUUCGGCGGGUGCUGGAAAUGGCCACCGGAGAGAGAUUUCCCAGGGGCAAGCCUCUCAACCUGAAAUACAUCGACAGACUCCGAAUGGGCACCACUGUUGCUACAAACGCACUGCUAGAGAGGAAAGGCGCAAAGUCGGCUCUAAUCACAACGAAAGGGUUCAGAGAUCUGCUACAGAUUGGAAACCAGUCGAGACCUAAGAUCUUUGACCUCUCCGCAAAGAAACCGGAAGUACUAUAUGAGAAGGUGGUCGAGAUCGACGAGAGGAUUAUCCCCUGCCCCAUAGGGAGCGAGGAACAGAGAUACCCCAGCUGUCGCUUGGUGGAGGGUACCACCGGAGAGCAGUUUCGAGUCUUGCAGGAGCUCAACAUCGAACAAGUCAUCAAUGAAUUGCACACUUUAUGGGACGAAGGAUACAGAUCACUCGCUGUGGCACUGCUGCACUCCUACGCCCUCCCAGCCCACGAGCUCAAGAUUGGAGAAAUCGCGGUGUCCAUGGGGUUCUCAGUUGCGCUGUCGUCGAGGCUGCAGCCCAUGAUCAAAGUGGUGCCGCGAGGCAUGUCGGCUUCAGCAGACGCCUACCUGACACCGGUCAUUAAGAACUAUAUUGACUCAAUCGACUCCAGCUUUGAGGGUGGACUGGACAACUCGCACGGCUGUCGGUUUGAAUUUAUGCAGUCUGACGGAGGACUAGUCGACUUCCGCAGUUUCAGUGGCCUCAAAGCCAUUCUCUCUGGGCCGGCCGCCGGAGUGGUUGGAUUUGCAGCGACGAGCUGGGAUGAAGAUGAACGCAUGCCCGUUAUCGGCUUCGAUAUGGGAGGCACCUCCACCGAUGUCUGUCGAUUCGAUGGCAACUUCGAGCACGUCUUCGGCGCCAACAUCGCCGGGGUUUCGAUCCAGUCUCCACAGCUCGAUAUCAACACAGUCGCUGCAGGAGGUGGAUCGAUCCUCGCAUGGCGCAACGGCCUCUUUCUCGUAGGCCCAGAGUCGGCGUCGGCGCACCCCGGGCCAGCUUGUUACCGCAAAGGAGGCCCUCUUACCGUCACUGACGCCAAUCUGUUCCUUGGAAGACUACUCCCCGAGUACUUCCCCAAGAUCUUCGGGCCAAAUGAGAAUGAAGCACUCGACCGCGACAUCACAACGCGAAAAUUUCGAGACCUCACAGACGCCAUCAAUAAGGAGCAACGUGAGAAGAACCAAGCCCAGUUCACCCCCGAGGAAGUCGCUUUGGGCUUCCUAAAGGUUGCUGAUGAGUCUAUGGCUCGGCCGGUGCGCAAUCUCACCGAGGCACGCGGCUUCGAAACAUCCUCGCAUUAUCUCGCAUCGUUUGGUGGUGCCGGAGGCCAACAUGCUUGUUCGGUCGCGGCCACCCUUGGUAUCAGUCGAAUCAUCAUUCACAAAUACUCUUCUGUCCUGUCUGCAUACGGACUAGCUCUCGCAGAUGUUGUCAAGGAAGCUCAAGAGCCCGCGUCUGUCGAGUACCUGUCCUCUCAAUCGAAUCUGCAAAAAAGAUUCGCAAGCAUGGUCGCCCGAUCAACUACUGACCUAAUGGAUCAAGGUUUCCAGCUGGACAAGAUCAGCCAUCAACUAUAUCUCAACAUGCGAUACGAAGGCUCAGAUACCAGCCUCAUGAUCCUCAAACCCGAGAACUGGGAUUUUGCCACGGCAUUCAAAGAACGACAUCGGCGAGAGUUUGGGUUCACUUUUGAGAAGCCUCUACUUGUGGACGACGUCCGCGUCCGUUCGACUGCGUCUUCCAACCGGCAUGCGGAGAAAAGUCCUAUGGCCCAGCUAAAAGAGGCGCAGAUGAAGGACAUGGUACAGCCUCCGAAAGAGACGACGCGCGUAUAUUUCGGGUCGACCGGUUAUGCUGAUACUCCCGUUUAUCUGCUGAAUGCUAUCGAGAAGCACACUCGAGUUCAUGGACCGGCGAUAAUCAUCGACGAGACGCAGACCAUUGUGGUUGCGCCCAAUGCCGUGGCCAAUGUGCUGGAAACGUGCAUCGUGCUUGACCUGGAGCAGGAAAAGACUGAGGAACAUCAAGACAUCUCAACCGAGCUGGCAUCCGACUCGAUCCCGCUCGAUCCUGUCCGCCUGUCAAUCUUCGGACACCGAUUCAUGUCCAUCGCCGAACAGAUGGGGCGGACACUGCAGAAAACUUCGGUCUCCACCAACAUCAAAGAACGACUCGACUUUUCGUGUGCGCUCUUCUCUCCCGACGGAGGACUCGUGGCCAACGCCCCGCAUGUUCCGGUGCAUCUGGGGUCGAUGCAGUUCGCUGUUCGCUACCAACACAAACGGUGGCUAGGCCAGCUAAAGGAUGGCGAUGUUCUUGUGUCGAAUCAUCCUAGUUGUGGCGGGACUCAUUUGCCUGACAUUACGGUGAUUACCCCCGUCCUCGAUCGGCCUGGAGGCUCAGAGAUUGUCUUCUACGUGGCUUCCCGAGGCCACCAUGCUGAUAUUGGAGGGCUGCUACCUGGGUCGAUGCCUCCCCGAUCAACAGAACUCUGGCAGGAGGGAGCUGCCAUCGAAUCGGAGAAGAUCGUUGAGAACGGCGUGUUCAACGAGUCCCGUAUGACCGAGAUCUUAUUGGACGAACCUAGUCACUACGAAGGGUGUUCGGGCACGAGGUGUCUGGCGGACAACUUGUCGGACCUCAAGGCGCAGAUUGCAGCCAACACUCGCGGGAUCCAGUUGAUUCAGAAGCUGAUCUUUGAGUACGGCCUAUCGUGUGUACAGGCAUACAUGUAUGGCAUCCAAGCCACGGCUGAAACCGCGGUGCGUAAUCUCCUCCGUGAGCUGUGGAUGCGGUUUGGCGGCGAGCCACUUACGGCGGUUGACUAUAUGGACGACGGGACGCCGAUUCAGCUCCGAAUCGAAAUCGACCGAGACGACGGGUCGGCGACGUUCGACUUCGAAGGCACGGGGCCGGAAGUGUACGGCAACACCAACGCCCCUGUAGCGAUCACGCACUCGGCUAUCAUCUACUGCCUACGCUGCAUGAUUGACUCGGACAUUCCACUCAACCAGGGCUGCCUCGCGCCUAUCUCGAUCAAGAUCCCGCCGCGCUCGCUGCUGUCGCCAUCUCGCACCGCGGCCGUGGUCGGUGGCAACGUGCUGACCUCGCAACGCAUCACCGAUGUCGUGCUCAAGGCCUUCCGCGCCUGCGCGGCGUCCCAGGGCGACACCAACAACCUCACCUUCGGUACCGGCGGCAAGUCCGCCACCGAUGGCUCCCACGUAGAUGGGUUUGGCUACUACGAAACCAUUGCCGGCGGCGCGGGAGCGGGCGCUACCUGGUCCGGCCAAAGCGGUGUUCACACCCACAUGACCAACACUCAUAUUACCGACCCGGAGAUCCUAGAGAAGCGCUAUCCCUGCGUGCUGCGCCAGUUUACCCUACGUCCCGGGUCUGGUGGCGUCGGUGUACAUGCCGGCGGUGACGGCGUGGUCAGAGAAAUCGAGUUCCUCCAGCCCGUACAGUGCUCGAUCCUCAGUGAACGAAGGGUUCACCGGCCCUAUGGAAUGAACGGCGGCGGGCCAGGCCAAGAGGGCCUCAAUCUCUGGGUCACCAAGGACGAGGCGACGGGUGAGACGCGCAGAGUCAAUCUCGGCGGCAAGAACACUGUCACAGUCAAGAGCGGCGAUCGCAUCGUGGUCAUGACCCCGGGCGGUGGUGCUUGGGGGAAGAAGGAGUAG